AUGGCUUUCCUCUCGCUCUAUACCCAGUUCUUUAUCCUUGGAGUCGUGACUCUCUGGGUAACACACGGACCCCGCCCUCUUCAACAAACCUUGGCAGCUGGCGACCUUGAUAUUUGGCUCCCCAGUGAGGCCAACAUUGCUCGCACUGCACUUCUUGACUUGAUCGGCGACAAGGGCAGAUGGGCCGAGGGAGCCGCUGCGGGCGUGCUAGUUGCAAGCCCAAGUCGGUCGGACCCUGACUAUUUCUACACAUGGACGCGAGAUUCGAGUCUAGUAUUCAAAACACUGGUGGAAAUGUUCAGGGCGGGUGACUCUGAUCUUUUACCUAUUAUCCAAGACUGGAUAUCAUCUCAGGCUCGCAUACAAGGGGUGGAGAAUCCGAGCGGAGGACUGGCGGAUGGACGAGGCCUGGGCGAGGCCAAAUUCACGGCCGAGGAGACGGCAUUUGCGGGCUCAUGGGGUCGACCCCAACGGGACGGACCUGCUUUGCGAGCAACUACAAUGAUUGAGUUCGGGUGGUGGCUAUUGAGCCAGGGAUAUCACCAGCUGGCUGCAAAUACCGUGUGGCCCGUGGUGCACAAUGAUAUCUCGUACUUGACUGAAUACUGGAAUCAGUCUGGAUUCGACUUGUGGGAAGAUCUUUACGGACGCUCGUUCUUUACCCUAGCAGUCACUUAUCGUGCCCUGACAGAGGCAAGUUUGUUUGCUCGGAGUAUAGGGUCUUCGUGUGCAGAGUGCGAGUCUCAGGCACCACAAGUCUUGUGCUUGUUGCAAUCGUUUUGGACAGGGAGGUUUAUUCGCAGCAACUUAGAUACCGGAAGAACCGGAAAGGACGCUAGCACCUUGUUGGGGGUUAUUCACACAUUCAGUCCUCGCUCGGAAUGUGACGAUGUCACUUUCCAGCCAUGCUCUGCCCGGGCUUUGGCUAAUCAUUACAGAGUGGUUGAUGCGUUUCGCGAUCUAUAUGAUAUCAACGCAGACCGUAGCCAGGAUCAGGCUAUUGCCAUUGGUCGCUAUCCUGAAGACCAGUAUUUUGGAGGAAAUCCUUGGUUUCUUUGCACGAUAGCUGCAGCUGAACAGCUCUACAGUGCGAUAUACCAGUGGACUCAUCUUGGUUCUAUAACAAUCACAGCGGUAUCUCUUCCAUUUUUUCAGACAUUGCACCCGACUGCCGUACCAGGGACUUAUUCGUCGUCAACCGAGAUAUAUCACCAACUGAUUGAUGCCGUUCGGACGUACGCCGACGGUUUCAUGCGAAUUGUGCAAACUUACGCAUCUCAUAAUGGAUCUCUAGCCGAGCAAUUUUCCAGAUACGACGGCUCCCACCUUUCCGCAAACGACCUUGCUUGGUCUUACGCUUCCCUAUUGACUGCGCACCGUCGCCGAAAUGCAAUCGCCCCAUCACCAUGGGGAAAUCCUGGGCAACCCAGCAUCCCUUCCUAUUGUGAGCCUACCAGCGCAUCAGGUACAUACAGUCUCGCCACGAUCACCACUUGGCCACCAAUGAAUGGGUUACCAACCACAACAUCCGCACCAUGCCAGGUGCCAUCCCUAGUUUCCGUAACAUUUGAGCUCACUGCCUCAACGGUCUGGGGAGAGGAAAUACGAUUGGUUGGCUCGAGUGGGGAACUUGGAUACUGGGUGUCUGAAAGGGGGAUAACUUUUAGCACUGACCGCUACUCAUCCUCACAGCCCAUAUGGUGGGCGACAGUCUGGCUACCGGCAGGACAGACAGUUGAGUACAAGUAUAUUCGGGUAAGAGAGGGAUAUGUCGUGUGGGAGGGAGAUUCGAAUCGGCUAUUGACUAUUCCGGCUGUUUGCGGGGUAAAGUCAAUUUAUAGAAGGGAGAGCUGGAGAUGAGUUAUCUUCGUUAGUACGUAUCUGAGUAUCCACUGAGUAUCAAAUUCUCCAUUGACAGUACUGAAUAGCAAUAAUACUUCCAUGUUGUUCACUU